UGCACUCUUCCAGCGUGGCAGUAACACACAGUCCAAAAUAUCAUCAUCUGCAGUGAAAGCCUCCAGUUCGGCGAUCCACUGAGGCAAUCAUGGCAAGCAGAAUCUCGCUUGCGUUUAUUCUAGUUUCCAGUUUAAGUUUCUCUUGUGGAUUUUUAAUAGGUGGAUCUGAGAAUACUGCGACGGUAAAAUUCCACAAAGGAAGCGAAUUUGGUUUCGAAAAGAAUCCAAAUGUUUACGCGCAUUUGGUCAUACCUCCGUGGAAUCGGCCAUUCAAACCUGGCUACUGCGCGAGUUGGGAAUGGCACACCGACAAGAAAUACAGAGAAAAAAGGGUUGCGAUCUGCAAGCAGUACACCGAAGGCAAACAUGAAUGCGACUCCGAGACGGGUUUCUGCUCAGACAAGUGCCCCUACACCAAUGGAAGCUACCCUUACUGGCGAAUUCGCAAUGCUGUCGAUGUGCCUUUCUUGUGGGUCAUCUCAGGAAUCAAGUUUUAUGAUACGGCGACCUCCACCAAACAGCUGAACAGUGAUCCGAAGAGAGGCUAUGCUAGCAGCUAUUUUGGACCCGGAUAUCCGCCCAGCAUGGCAUUCGAUAACAAUCCUGAGAGUCUGUGGAUCUCAAACGGAGCCGCCCCUCCUGGCAUGCAGUGGAUUGGGUACGAAUUUCCUCACCCUGUGUUCAUCGGCUCGGUCCAGAUCGCCACGGAGGAAGACAAACCCGACCGCUUGCCGUCAUUGAUGUACGUAGAGGCCUCGUGCGAGAAAUACUUCAGGAAUUUUGUCACGCAAUGGGUCAUUUUCAACCCAGAUCACAGUGUAGACAAGCGUUACAGUGUGUUCAGUAUGGCGAAGUUCACUACCCUUGGCGCCACGGGACGUCUGGGUCCCAAUUCCGUAGGGAUGCAUUACCAGGGACAGGAUCACGAGGGUCAGGUCACAGUCAACAAGGGUACCCAGCUCUGGAAGGUUCCUGCCACUGGAAUGUACACAAUCGAGGCCGCAGGAGCAGCUGGCGGAUAUGACAAGUUCACCUCUUCGAGCAAGCGGGGACGUGGAGCCCGCGUCAAGGGAAAUUUCCAUCUCAAACGAGGCGAAGUGCUGAAGAUUCUUGUUGGACAGGAGGGUGGUGUGAACACUGUGUCUGGAGGAGCAGGGGGAGGUGGUGGUAGCUUUGUGGUCACGGAUGACAACACCCCUCUAUUGAUCGCUGGAGGGGGAGGUGGUGUCGACAAGAUGAAGGGAGACAGCCCACGCUGUAAUGGGGCCUCCACUAACAACGGAAAUCCCGGAUAUGGAGGAUCGCAGUUUCAAGGAGGAUCGGGAGGCAAAGGAGCUGAGGAAGGUGACAAUAACUACUCUGGGGGAGGUGGAGGAGGUUUUGAGACGAAUGGACGUUCAAACCAGAACUUUGGAGGCGCGAAAGGCACUGGUGGCGAAGGAGGAAAAUCAUUUUACAAAGGUGGCGUUGGGGGCCGUUCCAAUCAGAAUGAAGUAGAUGGAGGGUUCGGUGGUGGCGGUGGACCAAACGGAGCCGGAGGGGGUGGUGGUGGAGGUGGUGGCUACUCCGGGGGUGCCAGUGGUAGCCGAUCUAACUCCUGUGGAGGUGGUGGAGGAUCCUACAACAAUGGCAAGGAGCAAUCCAACCAGGCUGGCGCUAAUAAUGGCGCUGGUUACGUAAUCAUCAAGCUCCUCAAUGUCAGAUAGUUAAAGAGUAGGCAUUUUUACAUUCAAUUUUCCAAGCGAUAGUUGAAAACAUUUCCGCUUUGAUUUCUUAGAUAGUAUUGUUACCUUUUGCCUCGUGAAUAAAUUACUAAUUGCCUUUUGUAAUAUUUUUUGCUUCUGGCAAUGAAAUAAUAAACUAGCUGACAAGUGCAAA